AUUAAACCCUACGGACUUUAAUCCGACUGGAUACCGAAGAAGGAUUAAGACUCCGGGAGGCUUGAGAAUCAGGACCUGAUCUUUGGGGGACUGGGUUUGAGGAUUGACCAACUUUGGAUAUUUGAUGCAAGGGAUCUGGAUGCACCAGGACUAUCCCAAAAUUGAGGGUCACAGGGGCUACCUGUCUUCACCAGCCUGCAGGGCGGCGACAGAAAGCAGGGCGCUGAACCGACAGAACCGGCGGAGCCCAGGAAUGAGCGAGUUCUGGCACAAGAUGGGCUGCUGCGUGGUGGCCAAACCCCCACCGGUGAGUCUGGGCCAGCUGCCCCUUAUUUACUCAUGUAGAGGUAUAAAAUGCCCACUACUUUAACAUUCUCUGUCAGGUUUCACAAAAUGCCCCAUCUAAUAGAUGUAACAGACUAUGGAAUAUACUCCCCAAGCUUGCUUUAUAUUAGAACCUGGCCACUUCUAUUCAACCCUCUCUUGCCAAGAUGUGUUUCUCAGAGGUUGUUGAGGUCCCUGGCAAGUCUUGCAAAUCUUGUAGCCAAAGGCAAGGUUUGGGCAUCCCAGGCAGCCAAGCAUGCUUACUCUGACCACAAACUAGAACUUGAAAAGUGUUUUUGGCUGUUGCAUUCAACACAAAGUUAUCAGAGCUUUAUUGGCAUGUACAGUGGGGAAAAAAGGUAUUUAGUCAGCCACCAAUUGUGCAAGUUCUCCCACUUAAAAAGAUGAGAGGCCUGUAAUUUUCAUCAUAGGUACACGUCAACUAUGACAGACAAAAUGAGAUUUUUUUUAUCCAGAAAAUCACACUGUAGGAUUUUUUUAUGAAUUUAUUUGCAGAUUAUGGUGGAAAAUAAGUAUUUGGUCAAUAACAAAAGUUUCUCAAUACUUUGUUAUAUACCCUUUGUUGGCAAUGACACAGGUCAAACGUUUUCUGUAAGUCUUCACAAGGUUUUCACACACUGUUGCUGGUAUUUUGGCCCAUUCCUCCAUGCAGAUCUCCUCUAGAGCAGUGAUGUUUUGGGGCUGUCGCUGGGCAACACGGACUUUCAACUCCCUCCAAAGAUUUUCUAUGGGGUUGAGAUCUGGAGACUGGCUAGGCCACUCCAGGACCUUGAAAUGCUUCUUACGAAGCCACUCCUUCGUUGCCCGGGCGGUGUGUUUGGGAUCAUUGUCAUGCUGAAAGACCCAGCCACGUUUCAUAUUCAAUGCCCUUGCUGAUGGAAGGAGGUUUUCACUCAAAAUCUCACGAUACAUGGCCCCAUUCAUUCUUUCCUUUACACGGAUCAAUUGUCCUGGUCCCUUUGCAGAAAAACAGCCCCAAAGCAUGAUGUUUCCACCCCCAUGCUUCACAGUAGGUAUGGUGUUCUUUGGAUGCAACUUGUCGUGUUUGGAGGAACAAAGAAUGCUGAGUUGAGUUUUUACCAAAAAGUUCAAUUUUGGUUUCAUCUGACCAUAUGCCAUUCUCCCAAUCCUCUUCUGGAUCAUCAAAAUGCACUCUAGCAAACUUCAGACGGGCCUGGACAUGUACUGGCUUAAGCAGGGGGACACGUCUGGCACUGCAGGAUUUGAGUCCCUGGCGGCAUAGUGUGUUACUGAUGGUAGGCUUUGUUACUUUGGUCCCAGCUCUCUGCAGGUCAUUCACUAGGUCCCCCCGUGUGGUUCUGGGAUUUUUGCUCACCGUUCUUGUGAUCAUUUUGACCCCACGGGGUGAGAUCUUGCGUGGAGCCCCAGAUCGAGGGAGAUUAUCAGUGGUCUUGUAUGUCUUCCAUUUCCUAAUAAAUGCUCCCACAGUUGAUUUCUUCAAACCAAGCUGCUUACCUAUUGCAGAUUCAGUCUUCCCAGCCUGGUGCAGGUCUACAAUUUUGUUCUGGUGUCCUUUGACAGCUCUUUGGUCUUGGCCAUAGUGGAGUUUGGAGUGUGACUGUUUGAGGUUGUGGACAGGUGUCUUUUAUACUGAUAACAAGUUCAAACAGGUGCCAUUAAUACAGGUAACGAGUGGAGGACAGAGGAGCCUCUUAAAGAAGAAGUUACAGGUCUGUGAGAGCCAGAAAUCUUGCUUGUUUGUAGGUGACCAAAUACUUAUUUUCCACCAUAAUUUGCAAAUAAAUUCAUUAAAAAUCCUACAAUGUGAUUUUCUGGAUUUUUUUUCCUCAAUUUGUCUGUCAUAGUUGACGUGUACCUAUGAUGAAAAUGACAGGCCUCUCUCAUCUUUUUAAGUGGGAGAACUUGCACAAUUGGUGGCUGACUAAAUACUUUUUUUCCCCACUGUACAUGCAUGCUUAGAACAGUCAAAAGUUAAACACACUCUACCCAUUUAGAUUUUACGCCAAGACCCUUUUAAAUGCAUCAAAGUCCAAUACAUCUGUUGGCAAAGGCCAGUGUAUUUAUGAUGUUUUUCAGACUCCAUCUGCAAUCACUUACAGGCUGAUAUCUUUAAACGGGUGACGUUUUUAUAGCUUGCAGUUCAGGGGCAUCCACAUCGUGAGCGAUAUCUUGAGUGCCAUCUUUGAUUUGUUAUUGCACUAUACUUAGGGUGAAUGCCAGUCAAUAAUAUUCACUGACCAUCUGACCCAUGGCACAUGUUCAACAAAGAUGUUGCCUGUAAUAUACAGUACCAGUCAAAAGUUUGGACACACCUACUCAUUCAAGGGCUUUUCUUUAUUUUUUACUAUUUUCUACAUUGUAGAAUAAUAGUGAAGCCAUCAAAAUGAUGAAAUAACACAUGGAAUUAUGUAGUAACCAAAAAAGUGUUAAACAAAUCAAAAUAUAUAUUACAUUUUGACAUUCUUCAAAUACCCACCCUUUGCCUUGAAAACAGCUUUGCACACUUGGCAUUCUCUCAACCAGCUUCACCUGGAAUGCUUUUCCAACAGUCUUGAAGGAGUUCCCACAUAUGCUGAGCACUUGUUGGCUGCUUUUCCUUUACUCUGCCGUCCGAUUCAUCCCAAACCAUCUCAAUUGGGUUGAGGUCGGGGGAUUGUGGAGGUCAUCUGAUGCAGCACUCCAUCACUCUCCUUCUUGGUAAAAUAGCUCUUACACAGCCUGGAGGUGUGUUGGGUCAUUUUCCUGUUGAAAACAAAUGAUAGUCCCACAAAGCCCAAACCAGAUGAGAUGGCGUAUCGCUGCAGAAUGCUGUGUUCGCCAUGCUGCUUAAGUGUGCCUUGAAUUCUAAAUAAAUCACAGACAGUGUCACCAGAAAAGCACCCCCACACCAUAACACCUCCUCCUCCAUGCUUUACGGUGGGAACUACACAUGCGGUGAUCAUCCGUUCACCCACACCGCGUCUCCCAAAGAAAUGGCGGUUGGAACCAAAAAUCUCCAAUUUGGACUCCAGACCAAAGGACAGAUUUCCACCGGUCUAAAGUCCAUUGCUUGUGUUUCUUGGCCCAAGCAGGUCUUUUCUUCCUAUUGGUGUCCAUUAGUAGUGGUUUCUUUGCAGCAAUUCGACCCUGAAGGCCUGGGUUCCUGAGUGGCGCAGUGGUCUAAGGCACUGCAUCGCAGUGCUAGCUGUGCCACUAGAGAUCCUGGUUCGAAUCCAGGCUCUGUCGCAGCCGGCCGCGACCGGGAGACUCAUGGGCAGCACACAAUUGGCCUAGCGUUGUCCAGGGUAGGGGAGGGAAUGGCCGGCAGGGGUGUAGCUCAGUUGAUAGAGCAUGGCGUUUGCAACGCCAGGGUUGUGGGUUCGAUUCCCACGGGGGACCAGUAUGAAAAAUAAAAAAUAAAUAAUGUAUUCACUAACUGUAAGUCGCUCUGGAUAAGAGCGUCUGCUAAAUGACUCAAAUGUAAAAAUGUAAUUCACGCAGUCCCCUCUGAACAGUUGAUGUUGAGAUGUGUCUGUGACUUGAACUCUGUGAAGCAUUCAUUUGGUCUGCAAUUUCUGAGGCUGUUAACUCUAAUGAACUUAUCCUCUGCAGCAGAGAACUCUGGGUCUUCCAUUCCUGUGGCGGUCCUCAUGAGAGCCAUUUUCAUCAUUGCGCUUGAUGGUUUUUGCGACUGCACUUGAAGAAACUUUCAACGUUUUUGAAAUGUUCCGUAUUGACUGUGGAAGAACUUCCUUUUUGCUCUCCAGAAGUGACCGCCGACCCUUGACCUCCUCAGGGCGGUACCAUUUCCUGACCCUCACUCUUUCCUGGCCCAGGUUUUGCAGGGAGAGUUGCGUAAUGGCGGGUUGUGUCCAUCCGUUCCCACUCGUCAACAAUGAACCCGGGGGCUCAGGAGAGAGGAAGGGGACUGGGCCACUGUCCUGUGGGAUGGUUUUUUCCCUCCCUCCUUCCUCUUUUUUUUUAAUUUUAGGGCCUGUGUUUGUUCUAUUGUGGGGGGAGGACAAUACAGUUACGCCAGCUUUAAAUAAAUACAUGCAAGUGUAUCCAGAGGGUAGGGUCUUGUGUGGCGUGUCACUUUUUGAAGAUUACUGUAUUGAGACCCUUUUUACUGAUGUUCUCAUGAGACGUUGGUAGUUUGGGUCUGCCUAACUUCCUGUAUGUCAGUCAUGUAAUUGCUACCCACUUUUCUAAGCAUAGGCUAUGACAAAGGGUUACUGACACACAACAUAUACUGAAUGCCUCUCCUAAAAUAAGUUGCUAAGCGACUGUUUCUCUUUUGCAGCACACGCAGCUGACCAAUUAGCUAGACCUUCCAUCAAUCAUCCACUGGAUAGCAUACCUCCCAAUUAAGCAACAUUAUAGUGCAGGGUUUAUUUCUGAGUUUGGUAUGACUCAUGGCUGCCACUUCAGAGUGGAUGCCAACUAGCUGGGCAUUUGGUUAGGUUUGGUAUGCCUUUUUAAUGAUUCAAGGGCUGUUAGGACUGAAAUACCAAACGGCAAAGUGUUUAAGUUGUAAAUGAUUGCCAUAUUGAUACUCAGAAGUUGAUCUACACAGAGUGAGGUCCCUACUUGAUCGUCAAAGAAUGUCAAAAGAGCCAAGAAAAGUAUAGGUUUACCUUAUUUGAUCACAUAUGUUCAUUGAUUUCAAUUCCUUACAUUGCAAGGUGUUCACUGAUUCAAUAUGUUAGCAAAAUAUGCUUGCUGAAAUGGUCAGGAGGUUGUCUUUGAGUCUGUGGGAAUGACUGAUUUCCUCUGCCAUGCCAAUGUAGCAACAAGAAUGGUCGGUAAGAUGACUGAUUCAUUGGGUAUGUAGGCAUGCUCCAACAGGUCCUCAGAAUUCACGAUGACGUCAAGAAAAGACACCCACAUGUGUCUCACACACACACAGUGGUCUACCUUGUUUUAGUAACAUGACUAGCUCAUAGGAUACAGGGUUCAACGUUUGGUCAGCAGCAUGUUUUUGUUUCUUUUGAUGUAAACAUCGGUCAAAGUUGCUUAUGUAACACUUAAAAUGGCCAAAGGUCUAUAUGCAGGUCAAUGGCAUAAGGCGACGAUAAACUAACAAUAUAGUGGAAAAUUAAAAAGCCUUCAUUUUUUUAUGGCUUAUGCAUAGCAAGAACAUUGAAUUUAUUAUUAGCCGUCAAACAUACAAUUUUUUUUUUACAAAUCCUCUACAUGACUGCUUCUGGAAGUUUUUUGCACAGGCUUUUUUGACAUUGUUUACUAUCUAGCAUCAACUUCUGUUUAUUCUAUAGUAUUUCAUCCCAUGAUCAAUAGACCACCUCAUGGUAUACACCUAUAACCAAAUAAGCAUUCCUCUCCUGUGUCUCUAAUAAUAUAUGCUGCUUAAUCAUUGUUCGAUUAAGUGCAUGUUUAUUUUGUAAUUUUAGAGCUGAAUUAAAAUCUAAUUUUGCUUUCAUUUUGUUUGCACAGCCACUGUGCUAUCCAUAUUUUAAUUACUAUUUAUUUGGUCACUGGCCACUGACCUCCGGCGUUUUGCAUUUGUUUCAGAAGAAGAAGAGGAGGAAGAUUGACUGCAGCAUGAUCGGAGAGCCCACAAACUUUAUGCACCUCACACACAUUGGCUCUGGGGAGAUGGCAGAAGGUUUGCCGCCGGUAUGUAUAAGGUUUUGGCUACUUUCAUAAAGAUCAGCCUUUUUACACAUUUUGUAAUCAGUGUUUAGAAGAAUGAUAGGUCAGUCAGUAAUCAUGACAGAUACAUCUCUAAUAAUUGUAGUGAGUACUUCUGUUAUUUUGUCUUUGCUUUACACUUGCGUUGCAUGUCAAAUUAGUUUUAAACUGUUAUUUCAACAUAUUGCGUAAAACAUAUCAAUGCACCAUGGUACAAACCAGGGAAUUGGUAUUGUCCAGAGGUUUUCUUUGGACAAAAAUGAAUACAGAAACACUGAAGCUUUAAUACAUGAACACUAGUCCCACCUCCAUUCGUUGGCUAGCUGGCCCAUAUCCAUCCAGCCACCUGCAGCCCCACUUUUGAACAAGGCUUAGCCUGUGCAAGAGGCGGAAGUGUUCCUGUGAAACACAGGCCCUGAAAUGGACCCCCUCCCUCCCACUUCAUGCCAAUGAUGUUCCCUAGACCCUAUUGCUCAGUCCCUCUUCCCUUUCUGGGAGUGAUUCCAGAGGGCACACAGAGAAGGGACAGUGACAGGGGACACAGAGAAGGGACAGUGACAGGGGACACAGCUGGAAGGCCUUGGCUGCUAAAUGAAAGGCCCCCUCUGUGUCCUGCAACACUGGUAGAGGAUUCCCCCAAUCAUCUAGCACAGGAACCCAAAACAAGAGCUCCUUUCUGUGCCUGUUAAAGGGGUACUCUGACAUCCCACUGAAAACCAAGUCAACUCACCAGUGAUCAAGUCUUGUUUACUUAGCAUUGACAACCUUUAAAUGCAUUAAUGAGCUUUAAUGCCGAAUGAGAGAUACGUUUUUUGUUUACACUAAGCCGGCAACUCCACUGCGAACCAUAACUAACCCUGAUAAUGAUACAAAGGCCAUUAAUUGGAGUCAAUGCACUGGAACAGUGCAAACAGGCGUGGCAGACAAACACUGCUGCCUUUUUGUUUAAGCAGAAUUAUUACAUAACACCAUUACAAAACGUCUGUCUGUGUAAUCUUGACACUGCCUCACCUUCUGCGCCGUCAGUAUUCCGACUACAGGUUUGUUUUGAGUUUUCAUGCACAGUGUUCUAAUCUUGCAAAGUUAGUUUGCAUUUCCACAUAACCACAUCUAGUUUAUCCAUCAACUAUUUACUUCCACUAGGGAUUGUGGGGCUACAUUGUGUUCCCAUUCGGCAUAUCAAAUAUCAACAUAUCACACCAAUAUGUGAGCAAAGGGCACUUACUUAGCACAGUUUUUGUUGUAUAAUCCAGCUGCAGGUGGAGUGAAUUAACAGGUACUCUUUACUAACACUUGUGACAGAACUGACUGUUACAUAAUACCAGAAAACAGGUCAGAUUGUCAAUGUCCUCUGUUCUUGCUGGCUGAUGCUCAACUGUAUUUUUACAUUAUUCUACCAGGGAGUGAUGUUUGUGUGACUGACAUUUUGUUCUUGUCCCCUCUGCAGUCAGGGUCAGUCCAGGAACAGAUGAGGUCCAAAGGACCCAGCACCAAUGGCAGAAGCAGCCUCUUAUAGCCAGUAAGUACACUCGAUAUCAGGGCUGCCCAACCAUCUUCCUGGAGAUCUACCGUCCUGUGGGUUUUCAGUCCAACCCUAAUUUAACACACCUGAUUCUACUUAUUAGCUGCACAACAAGACCUUAACUAGCUGAAUCAGAUACGCUAAAUUAGGGUUGGACUGAAAACCUACAGGACAGUAGACCUCCAGGAAGAGGGUUGGGCAGCCCUGCUCUAUAUAAUCCAGUACACACACUUAUGUACACAUACACUCACUCUUUGGAUCAUACGGUUUUAGGGGUUAAAUAAAUAUGAAUUAUGAAAUUCUGGGGAAAGUAUCACACUCUGGGGGAAAGUGCAGCUGAAAGUGUUCAUCUUAAUUAGUUUAUUUUAUACUGGGGAUUUGUUUGUCAAGCAGUAGGAUAUUAAAGGAUAGCUCUCCCCAUCUUUUCUACUUUCAAAUGAUGACGAUGAACUACUAGCCUAAGUUCUUGGAAAACUUUUUUUUCAAACACUUAACUGCAUACUCUGUAUUUAAGAUUUUUUAUUUUGUAUCUGAAGAUAUUAUUCUUCAUCAAGGUUUUACUUUUACACUGCUCUCCAAUGACGUUUUGUUGUGGUUUCAGACAUAUGGACCAAUCCAGAGACUCGAUGUGAGCUCCUCAUUUCCCCCGUCCUCGGACCCAGCCUCAAGCCAACCUGCAUGGACCAACUCUGCAUAUUGCACUUAGGCCCACAACAACCACAGCAAAUGGCACAAUAAAAAAGAUGACUCAAUUUCCCAGAAUCCCUUUUAGCCCCCAUCAUCCAGUUUCAAAUGGAACAUGACUCUUGCCUUGAAGUGGGAAAGUACCCUGGAUUCUCACUCAGCACUGGGGACUGGACAGGAUUGUGUGGGGGCUUUUAGGUUGCUUUGAUAGAACAUAGGAGGUCUUUUUUUACACUUCAGACUGCUGGUGGAUACGGAUUUUCCCAUUUGCCUCGGUCUCAAGCAAGGGAUUGUCCGAACAUUUCAUAUUUCUCGAACAAGACCAUCUCACAAG